AAUCAUCGUCAAAAAUACGAAUAUCGAUCCGUUCUUUGCAAUACGUCAAGAGGUGACGCGUUUGUGAGGUUAUGUGACAUACUCGUAAAGCGAAAUUUAAUUUUGUAACGAGUUUGAUAGUGCGAUUAAGGAUCUCUUAAUAAUAGAUUAGAGUAGUUAAAAUCGUAUCGAAGAGGUUAUGUUGACGUUUAGUGUUAUGAAUCGAAAAUGAACUUUCUAGUGUCGUAACGAAGUGCAUACUUAUGAAAUAUAAGAAAAGCAGUCGUGAUUUAUCGGAGAAUCACUAUGUUAAUAUCUGAAAGAUAAUCGAUAAUAAUUAAAAAACUAAAAAAGCCACUGCAGAUCGUUCUACUCGUACUCUAUCUUACUCCAGAACUGCUGAAAUCAAGAAAAUGCCAUUUACAGCUGAUGCAGCGGCUACUCAGAUCCAGGAACGUCUUCGGAAUGUAUAUCAGCUGGUUCACGAUAUCGAGGCACAGAGAAAUCGAACGGAACACAAUCUGAAUAAUAUCGUGAAAACGCACGAAAAGGUUACGCCUGAAGAUAAGGUUUCACCGUACUAUCAACAAAAACUAAAGAAUCUCUAUAGCGCAGCAGUUACGGACGCUCAACAAGAAGAAGAGAUUUUGCGGAAAGCUCUUGGGAAGAUCAAUGAAAUUCGUGCGAUAAGAAAUGAGAGGCGUAUACAGGCGAGAAAUGCGGGUAACAAAGAAACGAUCAGGCGUGGCGCAUUAAUGAAGAUGCUGUUAAGUACAGCACAGACGCUUCCUCUUUACGUUGGUAAAGCACCAGGAGCAAAAGCACCUCCAUUGUGCGGUGCUGUUCCAGCUGAGCCCACCUAUAUCGCAAAAAUGGGAGACAUGGUGGCUGCUCUGGUAAAAGGAUCUGAGGAAGAAGAAAACUGGAUCCUUGCGGAAGUCGUCCAGUUCAAUCCCACGACAAACAAGUACGAGGUCGAUGAUAUCGACGAAGAACAAAAGGAUCGUCACACUCUUUCACGUAGACGAGUCGUACCUCUUCCACUGAUGAGAGCUAAUCCGGAGACCGAUCCUCACGCUUUGUUCCCGAAAGGAUCCAUCGUGAUGGCUCUCUACCCUCAGACAACGUGCUUUUAUAAGGCCGUCGUCAAUCAAUUACCUACCACAGCUACGGAAGAAUACGAGGUACUCUUCGAGGACGCCACUUACGCCGAUGGUUACUCGCCUCCGUUAAAUGUGGCACAACGUUAUGUUAUAUCUAUCAAGGAAAGUAAAAAGAACAAGAGCCAAUGUUGAGUCAGUAUUAAUAAGUUCUAUAUAUACUACUAUAUCUUUAUGUAUUUACAUCGUAGAUUUUAAGCGUUUGAUAAGAUUUAUUUUAUAAGACAUUUGUGAAAAAUAAAAGGAACGCGUUCACCGUGGUCGUCGAUACCACCCUUUCCCAUCAACGAA